AUGACUGGUAUCCGUUCUGUCCUCGACAAUCAAGGGCCCGUGGCCUCUGGCAAACCUUAUGCAGUAACGCCGCCCCCGGUGAACUCCUCCACUCAUGGCUCCGCUUUUUCUCUCAAUGAUGGGCAGUGCGUCUCUAUGCUGAUGAAAAUGGCCCUUGAUCUCGAUCUCACUCUGUCGUAUCAUAAGCGGAGGGGCGACAUAGAACUUUGUUUCGAGAGCAACCGAACAGCAGAAAAGAGCGGCGGGCGAGGCAAGGUUCUCUGCCUGUCAGAUAUGGGCAGAGAAAUAAGGGUGAUUGAAAGAGUAAAUGGGACACCAACUGACACGGAGAUGUGGACGAAAACCGAUUUCAACCAAUUUCAUUGGGCAAUCCGUGGAAAGUGUCAAAAAGUACUGGUAAAAGGCUAG